AUGGAAAACCUUGGGCGAGGUAUCGUCGCUGUUCGUGCCCAGAACGACAGCGCUUUCAUCAGCUGGCGACUACUUGGUCUUGAUCCAGAAGACAUCGCUUUCAAUAUCUAUCGCUCAACUGAUGGCGCCAACGCGACGAGGCUCAAUCCAGAGCCUCUUACUGGCGGCACAAACUAUCUCGACUCCGGACCUGAUCUCAGCCGAUCUAACGAAUACUGGGUACGGUCAGUUAUCGAUGGGAAUGAGCGAUCAUGUACCAAUUCGAGCUACAUACUCCAGGCUGAUACGAAGCAAGAGCCGCUUAUACGUGUUCCCAUCAGAUCAGGUGAUCAGAUCAAGUACGUGUGGGUUGGCGAUCUUGAUGGAAGCGGCGAGUACGGUUACCUUGUUGACAGACAUGGCGUUCAGCAAAGCUUUGAAGCCUAUCGCAGCAACGGUGAAUUCCUGUGGGAGGCGGGUAUGGGGCCAAAUAGCAAGAACCAGAACAACAUCGAGCCGGGAUCAGCAGCCAUUGACGUCGGUCAUUGGGAUGGCUUGACCGUGUACGAUCUCGACAGCGAUGGAUUCGCCGAAGUCAUCGUACGCAUAGCGAAUGGUGUUGUAUUUGGCGACGGGGCCAUAUUUGACGAAGGCAGCAACGACGACGAGCAAUUCAUCGCUGUUCUAGACGGCCAAACAGGUGCUCUUCGCGCAUCAAUCUCUAUUCCAAAUGACUAUAUAGAGCACGGCCCUUUCGCCGCACGUUUGGGCAUCGGUUACCUCGACGGCACCACACCGCACAUUGUAGGCUUCAUGAAGAACCGCCGUGACGACAAAGUCUUCAACCGUAUCAUGGCCGCAUGGACCUUUGACGGCAUCAGACUCAACCAAAAAUGGAUCUGGGACGACCAGAACGCUGGAGCAGGAUCUGACGGACACAACACGCGCAUUCUUGAUGUCGACGGCGACGGCGUCGAUGAGGUUGGCGAGAUUAUGUUCCUCCUUGAAGGAAACGGAACCAUGCGCUACUCGCUCACAGACUCAGGUAUCGGGCACGGCGACCGCUGGCAAGUCGCCAAGAUCGAUCCAGAAAGAUCGGGUCUACAGGGUUAUGGCGUCCAGCAAGAUAACCCAUCCAAGUUGUGGGAGUACUACUACGACGCACGUACAGGCGAGGUACUAUGGAAGCACUACGGUGACGCUGUCGGAGAUAUUGGUCGAGGCAUGAUUGGCGAUAUCGAUCCUAAUCAUCCCGGCAUGGAGUCCUGGAGUGCAGGCGGAAACGGACUGUACAACGCGCCCAGCAACUCCAGCAUCACCAAUAGUAGCGAACUCGCUCCCUGGGCUCAUCUGGGUCUCUGGUGGGACGGUGACGACACAAUGGAGCUGUACAACGACGGCAAAGUGGAAAAAUGGAACCCAGAGGCUCCUACUACAUCUUCCUCGCUACCCCGCUUGUUCCGCAUCAGCGAUUACGGUGCAGUGAACCCUGGUGACCCCAAUCCAGCUUUUCUAGGCGACAUAUUUGGUGAUUGGAGGGAAGAGGUCGUCACAACGAAUGAGGAUAUGAGUGAGCUGAUUAUCUUUACCACUGAUCAGCCGACGAAAAGGAGACUGUACACACUGGCGCACAAUCCAAAUUACCGAAACGGUAUGACGCUGAAGGGCUAUCUGCAGAAUGCCCAUGUAGAUUACUUCAUUGGAAAUGGCAUGGAGACACCACCGCAGCCGAACAUUCGGUACACCUCUGCCGCGCAAGAUGGCCUUCGUCCUGAGCGCGUGGCCUCGCCACAACUGAAGAACAUACAUGCCGAAGAUUUCGAAAGCCUUGACAAACGCCAGAGCAACGGGACUGAGAAUUCGCCUGUCUUCUUCAGAGACAACAAUGUCUGGUACCGGGAUUCGAAUGGGCGAGAGGUGCAAAUGUCGACAACAGGAACGGAAGAUAGUCCCUUCAGCAACAUAACGUACCCCUCACCGGACAACGAAUUUGUCGUCGUAUUCCAAUCUACGCCCGCCCAGGAUCACAUCGUGUACGAAGUCGAGUCGAGCCCUUACGACCAGCUGCAACCCCGCUUGCAUCAAUUCCAGUACCUUAAGCCUGGUGACAAUGUGACCAUUGAUCGGCCUCGAAUGUUCGAUUUGACGAACAAACGCGAGGUUGCCACGGACAAUACGUUAUUCGAGAAUCCAUACCAGAUCUACUCACUGGAUGGUGGGUGGAACGUGGAAGGCACCGAAUUUCGCUUCAUUUACAAUCAACGGGGACAUCAGGUUGUGCGUAUAGUUGGCAUGAGUACUAACGGACGUGUGCGCGCCCUAGUAGAGGAGAAAAGCGAUACCUUUGUUGAUUAUUCACAAAAGCUCUACUACAAGGAGCUCAAGAGUUCAAAUUCAAGCGAGUUGAUUUGGGCCAGUGAGCGCGACGGUUGGAAUCAUCUCUAUCUGUACGACAUGGAAAGCGGGAAAGUGAAAAACCAGAUCACGGAAGGAGAAUGGGUUGUGCGCUCCGUGGACUACGUCGACGAGAUGAAACGACAAAUCUGGAUCAAGGUUCUUGGUGCUGUAUCUGGCCAGGAUCCCUACUACGCCCACCUAGCGCGAGUAAAUUUCGAUGGUUCAGAUUUCAAGAUCUUGACCGAAGGCGACGGCGACCAUUCCUGGUCAUUCAACGACGACAGAUCGACCUUUACAGAUACAUGGUCUCGCAUGGAUAUGGCCGAGAAGACCGUCACGCGUGACGCCGAGACUGGAAACAAGACCGCCGAUGUUUACGAAGGCAAUCUUGACUCUCUCCUCUGGCCCAUACCCGAGCGCUUUGCAGCCCCAGGCAGGGACAACUCUACCCUGAUCUACGGCCUUGUUUUCCGCCCUUACCAAAUGGACAACAGCACGAAGUACCCCGUUAUCGAGAAGAUCUACGCUGGACCACAUGACUUCUUUGUACCAAAAGCGUACAUGAGCCACGACGAAGCCCAUCGGAUUGCAAACCAGGGUUUUGUUGUCGUCCUCAUCGACGGCAUGGGCACCAACUGGCGCUCCAAAGCUUUCCAUAACGUAUGCCACAAGAAUCUCAAAGACGCAGGAUUCCCCGAUCGGAUUGCAUGGAUGAAGGCGGCCGCUUCAACCCGCCCUUGGAUGGAUAUCAGCCGCGUUGGAGUAUAUGGAGGUUCCGCUGGCGGUCAGAAUGCUAUGAGUGCUCUUCUCUUUCAUAACGAUUUCUACAGCGUCGCUGCAGCAGAUUGCGGAUGUCAUGAUAAUCGCAUGGACAAGUUGUGGUGGAACGAGGCAUGGAUGGGGUACCCCGUCGACCAGAGCUACGAAGAUAGCUCCAAUGUUGUGAAUGCAGGAAAGCUAAAAGGCAGCCUGCUACUUACUGUUGGCGAGCUGGAUACGAACGUCGAUCCGGCAAGCACGAUGCAGGUUGUCAACGCGCUCACCCAAGCAGACAAAGAUUUCGACUCGGUGGUUAUUCCGGGAGGCGAGCAUGGAGUCGCAACCACGAAUUCAUAUGCGUUGCGAAGGACCAAGGAUUUCUUGUACCGGAAGUUGAAGGGCACAGAGCCACCGAAGUCUUGGUUCUAG